AGCCGGCUGCUCCCGCUGCGGGUGGCUCAGGCUGUUGCUGUGGUUGCCUGAGUUGCUGCUGCUGCGGCGGCGUCUGUGCUUGUGGAGGUGUUGGCCUCUGGGCGGAUGUUGACAUUGUGGUGGUGUUAUUGCUGAUGGUAAUGGCGGCGGCGGUGGCGGCGACGGUCCCGACCUCAUCUCCUCUGUAGCCGGAGCCAAGAGAGCCGACAGCGAACUCCGCGGCCUCGGAGCCGGCGGCAGCGGCGACUCCCCUCAGCCUCCGCCGCCUCGCCCGCGGGUACCCCGGCGCCAAUCCCGGGAGUCAGGCCCCUUUGGGCAGGGGCGCUCGGAGGCUCAGGAUGGCGGAUUUCGACGAAAUCUAUGAGGAAGAGGAGGACGAGGAGCGGGCCCUGGAGGAGCAGCUGCUCAAGUACUCGCCGGACCCGGUGGUCGUCCGCGGCUCCGGUCACGUCACCGUAUUUGGACUGAGCAACAAAUUUGAAUCAGAAUUCCCUUCUUCAUUAACUGGAAAAGUAGCUCCUGAAGAAUUUAAAGCCAGCAUCAACAGAGUUAACAGUUGUCUUAAGAAGAACCUUCCUGUUAAUGUACGUUGGCUACUUUGUGGCUGCCUUUGUUGCUGCUGCACGUUAGGUUGCAGUAUGUGGCCAGUUAUUUGCCUCAGUAAAAGGACACGAAGAUCGAUUGAGAAGUUAUUAGAAUGGGAAAACAAUAGGUUAUACCACAAGCUGUGCUUGCAUUGGAGACUGAGCAAAAGGAAAUGUGAAACGAAUAACAUGAUGGAAUAUGUCAUCCUCAUAGAAUUUUUACCAAAGACACCGAUUUUUCGACCAGAUUAGCAUUUACUUUAUUUAUAGAGACUUUCCAAGUAUGUUGUCUUUCCAAUGGUGCCUUGCUUGGUGCUCUCCUGGUGGUGACAUAACAUUGGUUCUACAGAAUCGUGUGGUGUUUUGUUUGUUUGUUUGUUUGUUUGUUUUUAAAUAACCGCAUGUUCUAAGUGUGCAUUUUUGUCAAUCUUUGCAACAGUUACUUCAUAUAGAUGUUUAAUACUUAAGUUAUUGUGCUCUUUUCUGUUAUGUAUUCUGAUUUUCAAGGAUUACUUUUUUGUAUUAUCAAAAAAAUACAUUUGAACUUAGCAUAAAAAGUGGCCAGCCUUUUUUAUUUUGUCACCAAGGUACACACAGUCCUUUAUUUAUAAAUUCCUUAACAGAGAAAAACACCUUUGUAAGGCUCAAAUUAUCUAUUCCAGCAAGCACACUUUUUGUAUCAUUUUUUCUUUCUUUUAAAAUUUGAUAUUGUCAUUAUUUUAAAAUAGUAAGUUUUCUUUAAUAGCCUUUUGGAACCUAACAUAUCCUUUCUCAUACAAUUUCUAAUGCUCUGUUUAUGGCAGAUAAUCUGUAACAUUAUGAAGACCUAUCAAAAAGUUUUAAGAGUAUUUCUGUCUUCAAAGGUAGUAAGACAGGAUUAAAUUUUUAUUAGAAUAGACAAAUCAGUGAAUGGUAUGCAUGUAUCUAGUGGUUACUAGAACUCAGGAUCGCAGAAUAUAGUAGCAUCACAAUCUGUGUAUAUUUUUGAUCAAGAUGAUAAUAAUGGCCUUACUUGGGUUAUUUUUAUUGUUUAUCAAAUCUUAUUUACAAAAGAGUGGAAGUAUUCCUUUACACAAUUUCUAAGGAAAAUAUUUCUUCCAAUCUAUCACAAUUACAGAAUGGAUAUAUGUUUCUGAAAAGUUUUUGAAAGAAAGUAAAAGUUCUAAAACUAAAAGUAAGCUGCUAUUUAAUAUCCCAUUGAUAUUUAGAACCGAUUGUUAAUAAGAAAUGGAGAAUGCAUUUAGUACUGUUUUUAUCCACUAGUUCACUUUCAGUACAGUUAUGUAUACUUGUUUUGAUUGAGAGUGUGACACAUAUGUUAAAUCAGAUUAGCUUGUUUCUUUUAAAUAUACAUAUACACACAUACAUAUUUUUUUUCUCCUUUUUGUUGUGCAUAUCUCUAUGCAUUUUUAAACUUUUAGAUUUGUGAAUGACCUAUGUAUAAAUUUUUGUUUUUAUGAACCAGAAAUUAUACAAGUUUUAAUGUGUGUCCAGAACUUGUUCCAUACAACUGUGGUAUCGAGCAAUAAUGUCAAUAACUUUUGGAAUUAUAUAAACUAUGCUUAAUAAUUUGUAUUGAGAAUUGGUACCACUAUACAAUACUUUUUUCCUUGUAUUAAAUCUUUUAAAUACCAGUUUCAUUAAUUUAUAUACCUGUAUUUUUAAAAGUAUUUCUUUGUACUUCUUCAAAGUACUGUAAUCCUAUAUAAAUUUGAAUAGUCACAUGCCAGUAUCUCAUGUCCUAUAUCCUGUCUUGGAUAUUAGGAGCUAUCUUAAAAACUAGGAUUAAAAUUUUUUUUUUUUUUUUGGUUUGAGAAUUAUAUGUUUUCUUUGCCCCCCAAAUAACAACUUGAAUUUGUAGAACACUUUUCCUGUGAAGAGCUCAAAGUAUAAAGAAUUCAAAUACUUCUUAUUUUAUUUAACUUGUAUCUAGGGUGUGUCCUACCAUCUUAAAGUAGUGCAAUUAAAAAUAAUGCCAUCUAGAAA